AUGGAGGUCUUGUGGGUUCGAUGGUUUGGUGUGGUGCCACAAUACCGCUGGGGCUUCCAAGAAGCCCGCCUCCCCAAAAUCGGAUUCAUUCCCAAGUCACCUGGCGCCUUUGGAUUCCUGGACCCGUCACUUACAACCUACUUCGACACGGUCCUUCUGCUGCAAGACUGCCAGGUGAAACAGAUGACUGGGCUGCAUUCUAUGUUAAUAUGCAUAGGCGUUGGCCAUGCAGUUCAAUACGAAUGGAGUGGAAGCACCACUAUUGGUGUUAGUUGUGGAGAAACCUCUGAUGAUGAUGAACCUGGAGAUGUGGAUGAACGCUGCGAUGAAGAUGGGUGUGAUGACUCAGUAGAAGACCCAGAUGGUCACGGUGAACAUCACAAUAUCACUGAGGAUGAUGACGAGGAUGAGGACAAGAACGAUGAUGACAAGGACGAGAACGAGAACGAUGAUGACGAGGAUGAGGACGAUGAUGACAGGACAGACUUCAGAUGA